UCGAAAUGCCUAGAUUCAUUCUUCUCCCCAUUUCUCUCCUCACUGUUCUGAUUUCUAGAAAUGCGGUGGGAGCCGGCAAUGCACCUUCUCCGUCUCCAAAGCAUCACUUCUCCGGCGAAAUCUCCAACCACUUCAUCCCCUCCACCGUUCAUCGACUUCAGCAAGCUCUCCUCCUCCAUCCCCCUGUUUCUGCUGAUAUUCCUUCAAGUUCAACAACACCUGCCGAGAGUCCAGGGAUUCUCCCGUCGAGCAGUAGCCCUCCAAGUCCUACUCCGGUCAGUUUGUCCCCCGACAGUGCGGCCGGUCCUUCUGUUAAUGACGAAUCAGGUUUAAGAUCCGGUUACCAAAUCGGAUCCGUUCUAAGUUUUGGUUUGGUUAUUGCGGCAGCCUUGGCUAUUUAG